AUGGCUACACUAUUCUCUCUCGUCCUUACCAAGGUUGCCAUCCUCCUCUUGUGCAUUGCUCCUAUUUCACUUUCUCUAACUUUUAAGAAGAUUCCAUUGCCAACAGGUGCCACAGGUCCUGCAUCUUUUGCCUUUGACUUGUUUGGUGGACCAUAUGUGGGUGUCCAAGACAGUCGAAUUCUCAAAUAUGAAGGACCCACUACUGGUUUCAUUAAUGUAUUUUUUGUGGGAAAUCUGAUUGAUCAGGUCGAGGCGGUAUGUGAUGGCCAAACUAAUGAUUCUUUGGGACCCACCUGUGGGUGGCCAUUUGGUUUGGAUUUCAACAUUUUGACGCAGCAGCUCUACGUAGCUGAUGCAUAUUUUGGGCUUUUGGUGGUGGGAUCUAAUGGAAGGCUGGGAACCAUUCUCGCCAGCGGUGUUAAUGGGACGCGCUUCCGCUUCCUUAAUAGUGUAGGCCUCGACCCGUUAAUUGGAGUUGUUUACUUCACAGAAUUUAGUGUUGUUUACCAGCUAAGCAAUAUUACUCAGGUAAUACUUAAUGGCGAUGCAACAGGAAGUUUAUUAAAAUAUGAUCCAAAGACAAGGCAGGUUACUGUGUUGCUAACAAGGCUUUUUGGAGCUGCCAGGGUUGCAGUUAGUGCUAACGGUGCAUUUGUUCUCGUCUCAGAGCAGAUAGGUCAAAGAAUUCAGAGGUUUUGGAUCAAAGGUCCUAAAAGAAAUACGACCGAAACUUUCAUAACCUUCCAAGGAAGACCAAAUAAAAUCACAAGAACCGGAUUGGGAGAUUUUUUGGUGGCAGUGAAUGUAAUAACAAACCAAUCUACCCAAAACGUUCUGCCCACCGUGGUAAGGAUCAAUGCAUUUGGCACUGUUGUAAAAAGGGUGGCACUUGACAGGCAGUAUAACGACACGGGAGUCACUGAAGUUAUAGACCAUCUUGGGGAAUAUUAUAUCGGGUCUCAAUAUGUGAAUGUGACUUUUGUUGGUGUCUAUGGCAUCCUCUAA